AUGCUGUACAAAGGUGGCAGCGAUCUAGCACAGAAGACACAAGCCGGCUUUCCCCAGCAAGAACAGCUCGGCGCUCCGCAGUCCUUUGCGUCUUCCAGCCAGCCACCGGUACAGUACCAACAAUAUAGGAUGGGUCGGUCAUCAGCUCAGACGGGGCAUCUCAAUGUGCAGACACACGUCGCAGCUCCAGCCUCGCCUCAAGUCAACGUGGCUGUGCAGAUGCAAGCUCUAGCCGUACUAGCAUGGCACACAGCCCUGAAAGCCCAAUCAGCCCCUCUGUCGACGGUUAUCUACUCGUCAAAUUACGCACCGGCAGGCCAGCAAACUCCACAGCAGCCCUUGGUCACCAUGGCGCAAAUCGCUUCGGGUGCAGCACCAGGAUUGAACGUUCCUGGAUACCAGCUCUCGAACCUGAAGCCUUUCGAUGGACAUCGAAAGUUCAUCGAUUUCAGCACGAAGCUUCCUUGAUAUGGCAGCCCAGUACAGCCCAAUGGUACCAUUGAGGGGCUACUACAGCAGAACAUGAUGAUGGCUCCCUACGAUCAAAAACGGGGCCAGUUCAAUGGCAUGGUUCUCAACGCAGCAGAUACAACGUCCUACGAGGAUCUGCAUCGAGAAAGCCAUGCGCGUAUGCA